AUGGCUACAUAUGGCGAUCUUCCUUCGCCGGAGCUUGGCUCCGCCCUCCGCGCGGUGCGUGGACUCCGAGCGACGACGCUCCGCGGUGUAUCUGCCAGUGGUGCUGGAAGCAGCACCGGGGCAGUCCGCUUUCCUGAGCAGCCUAUCAUCGCACCACGAAGCCCUCGUCCUGCGAUGUCUUAUCGACACCGGAUUCACAGAGCUUAUGAUCGAGAAGCUCCUCGAGCGGACUACUCAGGACAGAGGAAGCUGAGUCCGGCAGAUUUGCUGUUGCAUGGAGCAGCAACAGGUGACGUUCUGCGAGCGCAGGAGGUUCUUGAAUUGCGGCGCAACAUCGAGAGAACCUUUGCUGAGUCCUGGCUGGGCGAUUCCGCAGAGUUGGAUCGUGAGCGUUGCAUCGAGGUGCUGCUGUCCAUUGAUUGCACAUUGCCAGAGGCCAAUGCCGUUUUGCAGGACUUUCCUGCGGACCAAACACACAUCAGUGUAAAGGACUUUCUGGACCUACUUUUCCUUCCUCGCCAGGCAGCCACACACUAUGCCACUGGACAUGCUGGGUACACCGGAACGAUAAAGAGCAUGGAGGCCCUCGUGCCAUGCCACUUCCUUUGUCUUGGCAAAAUUGAGAUGCUUCAGAAAGAACUCAAGGAAGCACAUCAGCAGGCUGAAGAGAAGGCAAGAGUUGCUGCAUCUUCACAGGCAGAAAAUGAGAUGCUGAAGAAAGGACUCAAGAAAGCGCAGCAACAGGUGGGUGCUGUCAAUGUGACCCUGUACAUUACCCUGAAAGACCAACCGGCUGUCACGGCUGACACAAAUCCUAUAGAAUCAUACCAUGGACAGUUUCGAGAUGAUGCAGAAAGAUGCGUCAUUUCGUUUCCUGGGAAGUACCCCUCUGGAUGGGGUGCCCUUGUCAAGGCACAUCAUGACAGCAGCAUUGGCUGCGUAUUUUUGGUCACUCCUGACGAUGGCCUUGGAAAACAUGAUCCUGACCCUGAAGCGGAAGACGGCAGCUGUUACUGCAAGGCCAUCUAUGGUGAGCGAAGUUGGAAGGAGUUUCACUACCUAAAGGUUGUGAAGUGCCCUUACACCCAGGAACAGAUGGACAAAGAACAGGCGGAAGCAGCAGUCAUGUGUAAAGUUGUUGUUGCAGAGGACGCUACCCCAGAGGAGCGGCAAAAGGCAGAAGAAGAAGCUAAGCAGAAGUACGAGGAGAAUCAGAGAAGAGCACCAUGGGGGUGUGCCUGGUUCCCUGCUUGGAUGAAGAAUGGCCACAAGGCAGUUGAGAAAGGACAGAAACUUCAGGUUGUGUUUUUCGCCGGGCAGAAGGGACAAGGCAAGGUACAUUGGAAUGACCUGCCGCGCUCAGAGCUGUGGAACGGCAAGGGUCUUGGUGGGUCCCAGAAGGGAGAGGUCGCCUACCUGGACAAGAUGGGAUGGGAAUAUGAAGAGAUCGAUGUGAUGCAAUUUUUGCAAAGCGAAUUCAAGCUUGGACAGCAGGUAGAUGCACGCUAUCAAACACCUGAUAAAAAGAUUGAGUGGAGAAGAGGAUGGAUAAUUGGAGUCCCUCCUGAUGUGGGCCACACUCCCAAUGACCCGAAAUGGGAGCCAGAGUGGACUGUAGAGUGCUAUGAAGACCCGAAGGUAUUCCAGUCCACGCAUGUGAUGCACACAACAGGACCCAUCGACGAGGUGGUGAACAAGGUCAGCAAUGUCGGUAAGGGCAACUUGCAGAGCUGGCUUCAGGAGCAUUUGCCUGAGGGUGUGAACGUGCAGUAUGUAUCAAGAUGCAGGUUGGAACAUGGAGAUGCUGCUUUGGCGGUCAAUGUCUGUGUCCCAGAAGUGAAGGCAAUGCACGUGCUGAGGGACAAAGUUCUUUGUGGAGACCUUGAUGUCCGACUCAGCGGAUCCCUUGCUUACAUUCAUCCAGUCCAAGUUGACAAGACUAAGUUUUUUGAACAAUACGAGAGCAGUCUUCAAUCCUUGUCGAAACUGACUGAACAUCAAGAAUCAAAGCUUCGGCAGCUGCAUGAGAAGAAAAGCAAGGGUGUGCACUUGUCAGCUCCUGCGGGUGCGGGCAAAACGUUUGUGGCAGUGCAAUUCGCGCUUGACAAAACCUAUGAAAAGUGGGAAUCUCAGGAACCUAUCCUCUACGUUGCUCCUCGACCUUCCCUGGGACUGCAUUUCGUUCACUGGUUGAUUGAGAGGCAUCUAUGGCUAGGAUUCAAUGGAGGAAACGUCAAGGACUUGCUGCCCAGAAUCGUGCUCAUGCACCAACCGUUUGAAAAAUUCGUCAUAUUGACUCUGCAAGAAAAUCAACUUAAAGAGGAACGAACUGUUGCUACAAAGUAUGCGCUGGCAAUUUUUGACGAGGCGCACGAAAUAUUCACCGGCACCAGUGACGACAACAUGACCGGAAUUUACAAAGACUUGCAAGCUGAUCAAAAGCUGCUGCUGUCCGACAGGUCUCAAUCAGGCUCGCGCUUUGCACUUCCUGACGAUGUUGAAGACAAUGUGAACCUCGACGAAGUGGUGAGAAGUACAAGGAGAAUUGUCGCAGCUGCACAAGCAUUUGAACUCGAAAAAACUGAAGGAGUUACCACCACAUGUCGCGGGACAGCUGGUCCCCCUCUCAAGACCUUCAUCUUUAAGGCCCCCGACUCCACUGAACAGAUGUAUACCAAAUACUGUGAAUACACCAAGCAAGCGAUCUGGCAUGUUCGCAAGUCUUACCCUGGUCUGAGAAGCUUGCACCGCCGGGUCGCAAUCAUAGUGCCAGACAACGGUUUUUGUCACAAUCUCAAGAAACUACUUGGACAACAACUGAAAUCUACCUCUCCCGGGCGAAAGCUUCGGCUAGAAUCCUUCGAGGAGUCCUUGCGCUACUUACAUUCCCAUGAUCAUGAUGAAAGAACAACAGCCGAAGCCCUGGUCUUGGAUACUAUUGAAGAAGCCCGAGGACAAGAAAUGAUGGUGUCGAUCAGUGUGGGGCUUGAUGAGAAAAUUGCUGAUACAGACAGGGCCGACCCUCUUUUGACCCGGGCACGGAUCUACCAAGGGAUCACCAGAGCACAGCUCAUGGCUAUCGUCAUAGACAGGAUGGUAGAAGGAGGGUGGUUCCAAUUUCUUGCUACUCUGAAGUUCAGUAACCAGGAGUUCAUGGAAGAGUUGGCUUUUGGUGAUUUCAGUCCAAAGGCUGCGAGCAGUAUAGUGAAGACGCAAGAGGAGGCCAGCCGCGACGAAUCGCCCAAGAAAACAACCAUGGUCAAGUUCAAGGACUGGCUGAACAAGAACUUGAGACAUCGGUUUGGGAUGUGGACAGCAAUGAGACUGAGAUCAAGUCACAGACUCAAAAUCUUCAAUUCGACCCCCGCAUGUUAUUGCAGGGGGGCGAGUUCAUCAUCGUGA